GGCAGAGGGGCGAGGAUGGCCCGAGGGCGGGGGCGGGGACCAGCGGGGCCGAGGGCAAGUGCGCGAAACCGCUCCCUCGGCGGACGCCGGCUUCUGCCCGGCGGCCUGCCUGGCACUUCAAGUGUCCUGGCGUUCGCUCUCGGCGGCCGCGCGCGGCGGAGACCCGGCCGGGAAAGGGGGCGAAACGCGCAGUGCCACCCUGAGGCGCCGAGGCGAGGGAAGGGUGGCCCGGGGAGGAGAGUGAGCAGCGGCGGGGAGGCCGAGAAGGGGGCGAGGGUCGGGCGGCGGGGCCGAAAGCGGCUUCGCGGGACUCACCUGCCGCGGCAAACCCCUCCGGGCUUCUCGGCCCGGCGCGCCCGGAGGAGGUGGGGACGGACUCCGGGCCGCAGGGCCUGCCGGGAGCCCGUUCCCUGGGCAACCGGGCCGGCACCUCCGAGCCGCAGCCAGCUCAGCCGGGAGCUAGAGCGGCAGAGCCACUGGCAGCAGCCAGAGGGGCGGGCCGGAAGAGACGUCCACUGCUUCCGGCGACGUGACCGGGACUUCGGGUCUCCUUCCGGGAUCCCGGCGGACCGCAUGGAAGUACCUAACGUGGAUCAGCUCGUGAGCCUCACAGCGAUCCCAGCAAAGACUAUUGGAAGUGCAACGCCCAGAAAACCUGUCUUAUCUGUCAGUGCAAGAAAAAUCAAGGAUAAUGCAGCCGAUUGGCAUAAUUUAAUCCUGAAAUGGGAAACCCUCAAUGAUGCAGGUUUUACCACUGCAAAUAAAAUUGUCAACCUGAAAGUCAGUUUAUUGAGUAAAGACAGGAUGGAGUCUGAGAGCAGCAGCCAGGCUUUCAGUGAAAGUGCAGAAAAGAUGCCCCCAGGAUAUUGUAAGGAGCUGGAGAUGCUCUGUGAGGAGCUGCAGACCACCUUCGAUGGUUUGACCAAAAUACAAGUGAAAAUGGAAAAGCUGUCUUCAACUACCAAGGGGAUUUGUGAACUGGAAAACUACCAUUAUGGGGAGGAGAAAAAACGGCCCCCCCUGUUUCACACGUGGCCUACAGCCCAUUUUUGGGAGGUCUCCAGCAGGCUCGCUGACAUGUACAGGAAGGAGCUUCUGCUGAAGCACACCAUCACCGAGGAGCUGGCCCACACUGCAGACAGCGACCUCGCCCUCUGCUACUUGUCCAUGUGGCUGCACCAGCCCUACGUGGAGAGCGACAGCAGGCUGCUCCUGGAAGGCAUGCUGCUCGAAACAGGGCACCGAGUGCUGUGAGUGCCCAGCGUGGCCGCAGGGCACUGGCUUCUUGCAUGGCUCUUGAAGUGGACAGGCUUCCCAAGGACCCAACACCGAACCUCAGGAUCACCCCCUGCUCCCUGGCGUGGCUUCCCACUGACCUCCUAGGGUCUCUGAGACCGGAUCAUUUCACCAGCUCCCUGCAGCCUCUCCAGACACACUUGCUGCUGCUCUGUAAGCUGCCCACUGCUGGGUGCCAUGUGCCACUCGGCCUCCCCUGCACCUGUUGAGAAUCUGUCACCCAUGAGGACAUCUGCAUGAAAUAAAUGAGCCUAACAAUGA